AUGUCGCACUCCCAUCCCUCCCACCACCCCCAGUCCCAUCCCUCUCAGCCUGCCUAUUCCCACCCUCCUCCGCACUCCCACUCCCACUCCCCGUCCCAGCCGCACGCGUCGCCCUACGACGGCUACGGGCGGGAGGGCUACGCCGCGGGCUACGCCCCCCCGGUCCACGGCGAGGGCUACCCGCGGCACUUCGGCCGGGGCGGGCGGGCCCCCCAUGGGGCCUCGGGGCGGCGUUACGACGGCCCCGCUUCCGGCGACUCCCGCGACCCCAUCCCCCUCCGCGAGCCCACCAACACCGUCUGGGUUGGCAGCCUCGAUACCGCGAUCCACACCGAUCAGGCCCUCCGCGCGGGGUUCCGCGAGUUCGGGAAAGUCAUGCGCAUCGCGAAGCACCCCGAUCGGGGGUUCUGCUUCGUCCACUUCCGGACCGUGCGGGAGGCGGAGAACGCCGUGGAGACGCUCUCGCGCACCGGCGUCCUCGGCCCCGCGGUGUUCAACUACGGCAAGAUGUUUGAGUACACCGAGGAGGAGAUGAACAUGCCGUAUGACCCGAAGGAGGAUGAGGCGCUUUGGUCCGGCAAACGGGCGGCGCCAGAGGAGGGCGGCGACGGGGCGGGGCGGGCUCAGGAUGCCUCGGCGUUGGCCCAGCCGCCGGCGCGCCGGCCGCGCCACGAGCGCGGGCAAUCGGAACCCACCAACGUGCUGUGGGUGGGCAGUCUGCCGCCCUUCGUGACGGACGACAAGCUGCGCGAGAUCUUUGAGGUGUUUGGCAACAUCACCACCAUCACCCGGAUGGAGAAGGGCGGGAUGGCGUUUGUGCACUUUGAUACCAUCGAGCACUGUACGAUGGCCCUGCAAACAAUGGCAGGGCGGCUGAUCGAGGGCGGCGUGUCGCUGGUGCUGAACUACGGCCACGGGCAGAAGCGUGGCAACGAUGCGGUGGCCGCUGACGGAGGCAUUCCAUCGAACGAGACGCCCACCAACGUCGUUUACCUCGGCCAACUCCCGGCGAACAUCACCGAGGCUGAUAUCGAGGCCCUGUUCGAACCCUUUGAGGGCUUCAUCAACUCGAAGUACGUCUCCUCUACGAGUAUCGGAUUCGGGCAUUUCGACUCGAUCGAGAACGCCCGCGCGGCCCGUCUGGCGCUGAACCACGCCACGCUUAAAGGGGUCCCUAUUCGCGUUAAUUUUGGUAAAACGAACCACAGCUUCACGAUGGCGGAUCGCCGCCGCGUGGGCGAGACCGGGGUCGGCGGCGACGUUGACGGCGCGUUUAACUUGGAUGCGAUGAUGCGCCCACCGGCAGAGCUCGACGCGGCGUCCGGGGCGCUGGUGCUCGGCGGGGAUAGCGCUGGCGGCGCCCUUGUGUUGCCGGCGAUGGGAGUUAACAGCGGGAUGGGUGGCGCCGCCACCUCGGCGGGGGGUAAUUUGUACAGCAAAGAGCGCGCCGCGCCUGAGAUGACGUUGGAUGUGCGGCUGCAGACGGUGUUGGGCACCCCUUACAACGGCUGCGGCGCGAAGGAUCUCGAGCUGAGCCCAAGCCAGAUACAGGCGAUCUGCAGCAUGGUCGACGCCUGCGUGGAUAGCAAGUCGGAGCAGCGGCUGAAUGAUACGCUGGUAUUGUACUGCCCGCUUAAGGCCGUUCACGUGUUUAACAUCCUUGCAAAGCGCCUGCACACGUGCUUCGACGAUGACCCGCAUAAGAAGCUACUGGUACUCUACGCGGCAACCCGCGUCUUAUUAGGGGUGGUUACCGAUUAUAUUCUCUACAAUGCGGCGGCGCUUAACGCCUACCUGAUGGUCCUCCUUGUCGCGAGUGAAGGGCAGACCAAGAGUGGGAUGGAUCGGCUAUCCACGAUUGUCGAGAGCCUUAUCCACCAUGGGUUUAUCAGCAAGAAGAGCAACGCAGGGCCAGCAUACGAAGAUGUAUUCAGAGGACAGCUGGAGGAAAUAUUAAGCCGAGCAAAAGCUGAACAAGAUUUAGCAAGUUUGGUAUCCACUAGGCGGAGAAAGCGGUGA